AUGAUAAAGAACUUGCGCUGCUUUGGUACAUCUUGCAGGACGCAGGCUGUGCUUGGUCCGAAAGGAGCGCAAAAUCAAGUUUAUCGCUGGGAGAGCUCCAAGCCAGACGAUAGCGCAACUCCAAAGCUUGAGAUUGAGAGUAAGCGGAGAUGGCUGGCAUAUAUGCGCAUGGAAGAGUUUGAGCUGCCAAAGCUAGAGAAAUACAAAAAGGAAUUCGUACCGCCAGCCGACGACCAAGUUGUAAAGGUGAGGACACUCGAAUAUCUCAAUCAAAAGCCACACCCAGCAUCCGUGAAAUCUGUCAUUUCCGUUAAAAUCAAAGAUCUUCCUCUCACGGAUGGAUCGUGUAAGCACAAGGCUAAACUUCUCGCAGGCCCUCGCUGGUCAGGGCCACAAUCAAGCAUAUUAAAUGGCAAACUUAUAGAAGAUAUUGACGGUGAGGUUAAGAUAAGCUCAGAAAAUUUCCCACAUAGGGCACAGAAUGUCAGAUGGUGCUCUGACAAGCUGCAGUUACUGAUAAAGGAGUCAAACGAUAAAAGCUACAACUUUGAUGACAUUCCUUUAGAUACUCGUCACGUUAUUCGCAGAAUCCGCAAGUCAAGGCGUGGUGGACAUAAGAUGGAGAACUUGGCAGGUGCGCAGCAGGGGCGUAGGCCGACAAAGUAUGAUAUGCCGGAGGAGUGGAUUGAAGAGGCCAAAUUAGCGUUAUCACAAAAGUGA